CCGCCCAUUUCAGCGGUUGACAGCUAGUUCCGUCCCUUUCCUUAAGCCACGCCCCCGAGCUGAAAGCUUGUCAGUCACAAUAAGAAAGCCCGUCCUUCUCCUAUGAAGCUUCUAAGAGAUCUUCCAUCGCGGCGGGAAGCACCGCCCCAUCGUCCCUACGUUGAUUGGUCAGUCCGCCUGACAAUCAUCGCAGUGGCACUUCCCGCCUCCGUGUGAGUGAGUUGUAGGUUUGACGGGCGGUGACGUCAGAGGCAGAUGGAAAAAGGGGAACAGACGGAAUGGCUGCCCAGUGCCGGAGCCCGCGGUGCACGGCGGAGAGGAAGGGAUUCCGGAGGGAGCUCGACUCUUGGCGGCACCGGCUCAUCCACUGUGUAGGGUUCGAGAGCAUUUUAGAAGGGCUGUAUGGACCAGGAUUACGUAGAGACCUCAGUUUGUUUGAUGACUGUGAACCAGAAGAACUGGUUGAUUGGUGUGCGGACGAUAAAUGUUCAUUAUGUAGCCUUCGCAAAGAUUCAGUUGGCGAUUGCACACAAUCAGCUGGGUCAGCACAGUCCACUCCAACAGAAGAACUGAUAUCUCAGGGCCAGUUCAGUGAAGAGACAUUUGAAUGCCAAGCAGAAGAUUACUUAAAUGCACUCUUUCAAAAGAAAGAUCUUCCUCAGAACUGUGAUCCUAACAUUCCACUUGUAGCUCAGGAAUUAUUGAAAAAAAUGAUACGUCAGUUUGCAGUUGAAUAUAUUUCAAAAAGCAGCAAGGAGCAUCAUGAAAACUAUGAAACGGCUAUGGAACGAACUCCUGCAUGCAAUGUCAGUCAGGAAGAGCAGGAGGGUCCCCUAGACCUCACUGUCACUCGCUUUCAGGAUCAUAAUUUUUUGGAAGAAGAGGAAGUGUUGGAUCUCUCUCUAAAAAGGAACAACGCACUGGUAGAUCUGAAAAAUAGAAGUUCUAAGACUGCUGUCAUCAACCUCCAUAACCACUUGAAAUCUGGUAAAGCCACAAAGCCAAGCAAUGGGGACACUGUUUUAUGUGAGGUGUUAAACUCCUUGUGCCUAUAUCACAAACAGCAGUUGACAUUUCUACUAAGAUUCUUGAAGGAGGAACAAAAAGUAUGUUCAGAAGUUUGCUUUAGCAAAACAAAUUUAUAUUCUGGAUUAAAAAUGUCCAGCAGGAAAGAGAAUUCUCCAGCCGUGUUUUACAGUUUUGCUAAGCAAAGACCUACGAGACGUGGCCGGUUAAAAAGGCAAGAGCCAUAUAGUCGCCUUCCCUGUUUAUCUGUUUGUCUAAAAGAUCUUCGUUUAACAUGUCCAAGUUUGGCCUCAGGAACAGUGAAGCUGGAUUCCUUCAAAAAUCAAAAUCUCAGGUUGGAAGAAAGCAGUAGACCUUUAAAUGGUAGAAAUCUAUGUCAAAAAGAACAACCUUCUAGACCCUUAGAAUAUUUUGGUCAUUGUUCUUGUAACUGGGACAGAACCAUUUCUGAAACUCUCUUAACUCCACAGUCACUUCAGUUUGAAGAAGAAAUGCAAGUACAGGAUAUACUUUCACAGCGUGCUUUAAAAGAUAACUGUGAUCAGUCACCAUCUCUUAUACAGACGACUGGUGAAUACAGGAAAAGUAAAUUAGACUGCGCAGUAAUAUCUAAGAAACAGGGCAAAGUGGCAGUGAAUGACCAAAACAAGAGUGCUUUUGUCUUACAAAACCUAAUGGAUACAUUUAAUGACAAAUUCCAGGAAACCACAAAUUCCCCAAACCUUUACAACAAUGAAAGAAAAAGGAUUCAUGGAGUAAAAUUUGGAAAUCUGAUCAAACAUUUUAUCAACAAUGUUAAACUAAAUGACCGUAGUUAUGUGGAAAUGUUCAACCAAAAUAAAAAAAGCAUAGAGGCCAAAAUAAUGCAAACACGGUUUCGGAAACGUCAGGAAAAGUUGUUGUCCGCCUUAAAAUCACCUGGCUGUGCUUUAUCUAGACAGCGGUCUUUAGAAAUCAAAAGAGAGCUCAAGAUUCUAAUAGAAACCUUUAGAAAGAAAAUGACGUCUCAUGAAAAGAAUCAGAAGAAACCAGCAAGAAAUACAGAUGAAAUCAACAACUAUAUAAAAGGGCACCCUUCUUUCAUUUCAGAAUCAGAUUACUCUAGAAACGCUCAAGCAGUGAGUAAAGUCCGGGAUCAUGUAACUCAUCUACCUCAUACCAAUCGGGGAAUUAUUUUAAAGAAUGACAAAACUACAAACAAUUUUCAUAAAGUACCAGACCACUUGCCACAUUCUGCACCACAAAAACAUACAGCUAAAACUAAAGAUAUUGAAAGCCGUAAAGCCUUAGAAACACAAGAAAAUGCAUUAAAAAAAUCUAAAACUAGGAAUGAUUCAGCUGAAUUUUAUUCUCUACAAAAUAGCGGCCAUUUAUUUUGUAAAUGCACGUUAAACCAGAUCUCAGGUAUGCUAACAAAUAUCCAUUCUGACCAUAGAAACCACAAAACUGCCAAUUUACCAAAUAAUAAAGCACAUUUGCUUGUUGUAGUUGAUCGUCUGAAAGAUUCAGGCCAGUUAAAUAAUAUACUAUCAAGAAAACCAAAUGCCCCCCAGUGCCAAACUAAAAGUACAUCUAAUUCUAAUGUAGAACAACAUGAAUGUGGAUUAUGGCGUGGCAAAUCAGACAGACUAUCUUCACAGAAAGGUUUAUCAGUUACAUCUGUUAAAAAUAAGGAUAUUUUAAAUUCAAACUCGUCUAUGGAUUUAGCCAAAAAUAAACAAGGCGCAACUGCAGAGAGAGCAAUAAGUAAAUUAUAUCCUUUGACUAGAAUUUCCAGUCCAAUUAAAGUUAUGUUUGUCUCAGAGAUCACUAGAGAUGAUGGAAUACACUAUACAUUAAGCCCUGAAUAUAAACCAUCUAAUAGUAGAAAUGCUAAAGAAAGCAAUGUGUGUUCCAAAGAAGAUAUGAUUAAAAAGAGAAAUGUAUCUGCCAGUAACUUUUGCCAGUCCCAAGACUAUAAUAAAACAAGACUGACAAAUAAACUUGUGCAACACACAUCUUCGGAUAAAAUACAUUCUAGCGAAGAGUGGUUUAUAAAGAGAAACCCAGGAGGGCUUAAUACAAUUAGUGCUCAUUCUUUAAAGUUAGUCAGAAGAACCCCAGAGAGGCCAACAAACUUACAAAUGAAUUUAUCCAAGCACUUUGGUAAACUGAGUAAAUACAAAAUUAGUAACAGACUGCUUCGGUUUAACACAAAGAAAUCAAGAAUUGCAAGACGUGGUAUCAGGAUUGCGCAAAGAAUCCUCCUUAUGUCCCAUAAAGUUUCAGCAAACUGUAACAAGCCUCUUUCAGAUGGCUGCAUUAAAAUUCCAGAACCCAAACAAAGUUGCAGCAGUCAGUCUAAAGUACAAAUUGCAAAACAAACUUAUAGUGAUCCAUCUUGGACAAGAAAUGAAAAUACAAGUAAAUCGGUGUCACCAUUUGGUCACAAGUUAAUCAUUGCAAAAAAAGACAAGAAGUGGCACUGCAGACAAUCUAGCCAAAAACCGACCAAACCAAAAAAGAAAAGAAAUGUCAGAUCAUCGCUGCUUAGAAUAUACCAGCUGUGCCAGCGACAUACAAAAUUGAAAAGGCCUGUGCUGCACUCACUUGCAUCUUUGACUACAUUUUCAUUUAGAAGUGCCUUAUAUCAUCACUGUAAUAGGAUAUCUUCUAACCGAAGGAAGUUAAAAAACAAAAAUAAACCCUUCAAUCUACAGUCUAACUCGGGUUCUAUGACCAACACACAUGAAAAUACUGUGAACCAUUCUACUGGGUUCAUUUUGGAGGGUGCUCCAGAUAUUCAGUCUAACAGAGUCCUAAACUGGUGGUCUACAUCUGCUUCAAAUGAGUCCUUAUCGAAAGAAUUAGAUAAUAGGUAUGAAAAAAUGGCUAGCACAUGGGUACAUGAGAACAACCGAGUAGAAAAGAGGAAAAUGGAGAAACAUCUCAGAAGCUCUGGAGAAACAUCUCAGAAGCCUUCUCCUAUUCAGAUGCUAUUCCAGAAAAAGAGUGACUUUAAGCAAAUAUCACCCUGGCUUAUGCAAACAACAGAAACGCAGUCCCUUUCAAUAACCAGAAAAGCAAUUGUUCACAAUCCUCCAAAGAAAAAACGAAAGGGCACAAAAUUUAAACUGUCUAAAGUACGCCGAAGCAAACAAACCAGGAAGUGUGCGCGCUUGUCAGCUUCAGAUACCAGUAAGGAAAAGCAACCAUUUGCCAACUUAUCCCAAAUAGAACAUUUUUGUACAAGAAAUGUAAAAUAUGUAAAACCUGGGCUGUUACAACAAAAAGACUCCAGUCAAGUAAAAAAGAAAAUAAAUGGGGGUGACAAAUGUCAUAAUAUAUUUUUAAACAAGCUUGAUGCUUCAUCAAGAAAACUAAACAUUGUGGAGACUGUGCUUCAUGGUGAUGAUCCUCUGUCAGAGACCUUGACUUCAAAAGUCAAUAAACCUGAUGACUUAUGGAAAAAUGAGCAAGCCAAGCAAAUGAAAACUUACAAAAGCACAAAAAUACAGGAAAUAAAGGACAUUAGAAUCUGUCUAAAAAGACUUAAUGAUAAUUCAAAUGAAGUACCAAAUAAAAACCUUUUGGAACGGGUACAAUUCAUGAAUGCCAAUAAAGUCAACAAACGGCCUUUGAGGUCAAAUUUUUGUCUAAGAUCAAAAAUCCAAAGCUUAGAAAUGAAUGACUUUCAAGCAAAACCAUUCAAUUCAACACCCCAAGGAAAACAAUUCCCCAAAAAACAUGUCUGCUUAAGAAAUUUGCAAAGAGAAGAAUCUCAUCCUAGUCCUCUCUUUGCUCCCCUUUCUAAACGAAAAAGAUCCAAACAGGCCUCUGUACAUACGGAAACUGGCAGCAAGAAAUGUAAAUCACAAUAUUCUGCUCAUGGACAAAAGGAUUUUUCAAAAAUCCAAUUAGUGCCUCUUAAACCAGUUGGGUUAAAGUCAUUUAAGGGACUGUCAAAUAAAGAUGGCUCCUUCUCUCUCACCCCAAUUCGGAUCCCUAUUCAUGGAAGUAAAAAGUGAAGCAACAUUUCCUUGUGACCCAUUGAAUGUGAUCCCCCGCAGUGCCUUUACUCACGGAGCAACCGUCCGAUUGUCAUACAGAAGAGUCACAAAUUGCACUAGUUACUUUUUUUUUCUCCUGGGGUUUUUUGGUCUUUAUUUUGGUUUUAUACUACGAGUUCUAGGUGAAAAGUUACAAUAGACAAUCUUCCCGCUCCUCUGUUCUGUAAUCACCGUUCUUUAAUUCCUAAACUCACACUGUACGUUGGUGAUGUGCGGGUCGGGAUUUUCCCAACCCGCACCUGCCUGACUUCCAGGUUCCUUUUAUAGACCCACACCGCCCCACCGAUGAUGUCACAAAAGGGGCGGGUGCACAGGCGCACGGCUAUAAAAGUUCAACCUGGAAGACGGAAGCCGGCAUUUGUAAGGUUGUGGCGGGGCAGUCAGAAGAGCUCAACCCGCGACCUGGAAAGAGUGGUGUGAGGUCAGCCCAAACCUGCCUGAGCCGCGGGUGAACCUGCUGUUCCGUGUCUAUAAGGAGUUCUAGCCGUAGACGGACUUCUCUACUCAACGUUACUUUACUAUGCAAAUCAGGUGCGUGACUGUUUCACCAUAAAACCAAAAUUGGAUUUAGUUUUGUGUCAUCUCUGGGGAAAACUGCAAAAUAAAGUUUCUUUUCUUUCA